CCCAAUCAGCGCGCGGCUUGUUGGCAGGUGCCGCAAUGGCGGUGCCCAGGCGCUGAGGGCGGCGCCGGGCCGCGGUGAGGGGCGGCGGGACCCGGCGGGACCCUCGGGCACCGAACCUCGGCGGCUCCGGGGGGCUCCGGGCCGUCUCCGAGCUCCUCCAGGCCCGGGGAGCGGGCAGACCCUCAGCUGCGGCCCUCUGAAGCCGCAGGGCCGCUUCUCCGCGCUCGCCGGCCCGCUCUGCCCCCCCCCCAGUGGGGCUCCGACCCCCUCGCCUUGAGCUGUCCGUCCGCAGGGUGACCAUGAAGGUGGUGAACCUGAAGCAGGCCAUCCUGCAGGCCUGGAAGGAGCGCUGGAGCGACUACCAGUGGGCCAUAAACAUGAAGCGGUUCUUCCCCCGCGGAGCCACCUGGGACAUCCUCAACUUGGCAGAGGCUCUCCUGGAGCAGGCCAUGAUCGGGCCGUCCCCAAACCCACUCAUCUUGUCCUACCUGAAAUACGCCAUCAGCUCCCAGAUGGUGUCUUAUUCCACGGUGCUGAUGGCCAUCAGCAAGUUCGAUGACUUCUCCCGGGACUUGUGCGUCCAGUCGCUCUUGGAGAUCAUGGACAUGUUCUGUGACCGCCUCAGCUGCCACGGCAAGGCCGAGGAGUGCAUCAGCCUGUGCCGGGCGCUGCUGAGUGCCCUCACCUGGCUCCUGCGCUGCGCCACCUUCUACGCCGAGAAGGUGAAGGAGCCUCUGGAGCAGGCGGCGGCGGAGAACCAGCUGAAGAUGUGCCUGGAGAGGCUGGAGAAGGUGCUCAGCAGCACCAAGAACCGUGCCCUGAUCCACAUUGCCAAGCUGGAGGAGACGUCCUCCUGGAGCACCGUGGAGCAGUCCCUCAUCAAGCUGGGAGAGAACCUGAACAACCUUGGCAGCUCCCCGCUGCGGAGCCAGGCUGAUGACUGUGUGUCCCUCGUCAAGAGGUGCCGCAUCCCCACCAUGCUCUCAGUCCACUCAGAGCAGCUGAACAAGACAGGCUUCCCCACCGUGCACGCUGUGGUGCUGCUGGAGGGCACCAUGAACCUCACAGGAGAGACCCAGCCACUAGUGGAGCAGCUGAUGAUGGUGAAGAGGAUGCAGCGCAUCCCCUCCCCUCUCUUCGUGCUGGAGAUCUGGAAGGCCUGUUUUGUGGGCCUCAUCGAGUGUCCUGAGGGCACAGAGGAGCUCAAGUGGACGGCCUUCACCUUCCUGAAGAUGCCCCAAGUGCUGGUUAAACUCAAGAAGUAUCCCCAAGGGGACAAGGAUUUCACUGAGGAUGUGAACAGUGCCUUCGAGUUCCUGCUGAAGCUGACCCCUCUGCUCGACAAAGCCGACCAGCGCUGCAACUGCAACUGCAUGAGCCUGCUCCUGCAGGAGUGCAGCAAGCAGGGGCUGCUCUCUGAGGCCAACAUGAACAACCUCAUCGACAAACGGGCUGCAGACAAGGAAAACUCUCCGUCCCUGAAAUCGGCCGAGAACGCCAACAUCCAGCCAAACCCUGGGCUCAUCCUGAGGGCUGAGCCCACUGUCACCAACAUCCUGAAGACCAUGGAUGCAGAUCACUCCAAGUCCCCCGAGGGCCUGCUGGGGGUCCUGGGUCACAUGCUGUCUGGGAAGAGCCUGGACUUGCUGCUGGCAGCAGCAGCAGCCACUGGGAAGCUGAAAUCCUUCGCUCGGAAGUUUGUCAAGCUGAAUGAAUUCACCAAGCAAAUCACCGGGGAAAUCUCCAAGAGUGGCCCAGUCCGGGCUCUGCUCUUUGACAUCUCCUUCCUCAUGCUGUGCCAUGUGGCCCAGACCUAUGGCUCAGAGGUGAUCCUGUCGGAUUCCAGCCCUCCAGGCGAGGUGCCCUUCUUCGAGACCUGGAUGCUGACCUGCAUGCCCGAGGAGGGGAAGAUCCUGAACCCCGACCACCCCUGCUUCCGCCCGGAUUCCACCAAGGUGGAGUCCCUGGUUGCCCUCCUCAACAACUCCUCCGAGAUGAAGCUGGUGCAGAUGAAGUGGCACGAGGUGUGUCUGAGCAUCUCAGCUGCCAUACUGGAGAUCCUCAAUGCCUGGGAGAAUGGAGUCAUCAACUUUGAGUCGGUCCAGAAAAUCACAGAAAACAUCAAGGGGAAGGUGUGCAGCAUGGCAGUGUGUGCCGUGGCCUGGCUGGUGGCCCACGUCCGCAUGCUGGGCCUGGACGAGCGGGAGAAGUCCCUGCAGAUGAUCCGGCAUCUCGCCACGCCCCUGUACGGAGAGAACACGCUCCAGUUCUACAACGAGCGCGUGGUGAUCAUGAGCUCCAUCCUGGAGCACAUGUGCGCGGACGUCCUGCAGCAAACGGCCACGCAGAUCAAAUUCCCCUCCACUGGCAUGGACACCAUUCCCUACUGGAAUCUUCUGCCCCCCAAGAAGCCCAUCAAGGAGGUGCUGACCAGCGUGUUCACCAAGGUGCUGGAGAAGGGCUGGGUCGACAGCCGCUCCAUCCACAUCUUCGACACCCUGCUGCACAUGGGGGGGGUGUACUGGUUCUGCAACAACCUGGUCAAGGAGCUGCUGAAGGAGACACGGAAGGAGCACACGCUGAGGGCUGUGGAGCUGCUCUAUGCCAUCUUCUGCCUGGACAUGCACCAGCUGACCCUGACACUGCUGGGCCACAUCCUGCCCAACCUGCUGACAGACUCCUCCAAGUGGCACACCCUCAUGGACCCCCCCGGCAAGGCCCUGGCCAAUGCCACUCUGGUCCCCAUUUCUUGCUGUCCCCUGAGGGAGAGGAAGCUGCUGUGUCCUGCACCCAUUGUCAGCAAGGUCCAGGCCUCGGCCCGGCAGAAGAAGAGGCACCGGGAGGACAUUGAGGAUUACAUCAGCCUGUUCCCGCUGGAUGACACCCAGCCCUCCAAGCUCAUGCGGCUGCUGAGCUCCAACGAGGAGGAUUCCAACAUCCUCUCCAGCCCCAAUCGCUCCAUGAGCAGCUCGCUCUCUGCCUCCCAGCUCCACACCGUCAGCAUGAGGGACCCGCUGAACCGGGUGCUGGCAAACCUCUUUCUGCUCAUCUCUUCCAUCCUGGGGGCCAAGACAGCUGGCACCCACACCCAGUUUGUCCAGUGGUUCAUGGAGGAGUGUGUGGAGUGCCUGGAGCAGGGCAGCCGUGGGAGCAUCCUCCAGUUCAUGCCCUUCACCAUGGUUUCAGAGCUGGUGAAGGUGUCCACCAUGUCCAGUCCCAAAAUUGUCCUGGCCAUCACUGACCUCAGCCUGCCCCUGGGCCGCCGCGUUGCCGCCAAGGCCAUCGCCGCGCUGUGAGCGGGGCUGCUCGGGCCGGGGGGACCCCUGAGGGUCUCCUGGUGGUCUGCAUGGCUGGGAUGGCCCCUGUCACUGCAGCUGCUGCAGGGCUGCUCCCUCAGCACACAGAGCCAUCUCCUUGCUCUGCUUCAUGGCACUUUUGAGACUGAGACCCCCCCUAAUUUUUUUUUUAUUUUAUAAAUAAAUCCUUUUGUA